AUGGAGUUACUAUGCUCUCUGACUAGUAGUGUGUGCCGUAGAGCAUUCUAUGGAAUAGCGGGGUACACAGGAAGAAGAAUUGCUCCUGCAUUGUCACGACUGGGUACUAGUUCCAUAUGUGCUCGAACCAUUGGAACAAGCUCUCCAAACAACGAUGUGGAAUCUUCCUCUCUUAAACUAUCCGCAGCUAUCCGUACUGGGUCAUUCCAAGAAGUGUAUGCUCUAUUGCCCCAUAUUCCUGGAAACUUGAUCGACAAUAACAUAAUGAGCAUUCUGAACUGCUGCUAUCAAUCUUCGGAUUUGCUAACUCUUCUCGAGUAUUUAGAGCAGUCCAAAUUCUAUCUCUCAAGUUACACUUACGAAUGUGCGAUUGUGACAGCAGGAAGAAUAGGAGAUAUUAAGUCGAUUUCACUGCUCUAUUCAAAAGCUGCAAAAAAGUAUGGACGAACUUGCUUACUGCGAGACGCGUUACUGCAUGCCUACCGAGUUUGCGAUGCCCACCAACGGCUAAUAAGCAUGACGUAUCAGCUCUUCACUGAUCAUGUGAACAUUUCGUCUUCCCAGUACGAGGAUAUUCUGCGAACCCUCGUGAAGCACCAAGAAUACGAUUCCUUAUGCGAACACAUCAUUCAGAAGAUGAAGGAAGAAUCCAAGAUGCUUUCUUUGCCUGUAUUAAACAUUUUGCUGAAUAUGUUGGAUGUUCGAUCGCCUCGCUUGACGAUCUUGUUCAUUGAGCAAACCCACUUCUUGAAUUCGAAUCCUCCGUUGCUAAAUAUCAUUCUGUCGAGAGAGAUGACGAAAUUUUCCGAAGGGAAAUCGUACGAUGGAAUGAUUCAGGUGUAUAAGGAGAUGUCAAAACGAAAACUACCGGUGACGAGUUCGGAAUUGUCCCGGUUGAAGCGAGUGGUCGGUGAACUGAUGAAUUCGAAUUAUCAUUUUGAUAUAGCGGAUGAUGAUGACACUUUCACGCAUAUUUGGAGUCGGUGUUGGUUGGAGCAGAAUAUAAAGUCAGAGGAUGAUAUUGGCUCUUUUGUGGAGUUAAUUAAGCACUCUACGAAAAGUCAAGGAGUGGAGCUGUUUGAGCUUUUGAAAAUCGUAUCAAUGGAUUGGAAUGGGUGA